AUGCCGAGCUCGACGAGACGUCGUCGAGUAGACGACAGCGAAGACGAAGCAGAAGACGUUACAUAUCCAUCACAGCGUCGAUCGCAACCCCUGCGGUUCAAAGCAGAAGCCUCAUCUUCAACAGUCGGAACGAGCGGCUCGCGUGUUGCGGCUGAUGCUGCCGCAUCGUCAUCAUCCAAAAAUUCCGAAUCUGACAGCCUCGAUUGGAAAGCCGACCUGCGCCCUCAACCUUUGGGCAAAGAGCACGUUCCCAACGUCCGCAGCCUCAUGGCAGAAAUCAAAUCGCAAGAGCCUUCGCUGCUUAAAUGCAUCGAGCUGCUCAACGAAACUGCCGAGCAGGUGGCUGAAGCAUUUCGCACUCAAGACUCGUGUCCCGAACUGGAUCAAGCCGAUGCCGACCUGCGCGAACUCAUCGAUGCGCAAGCGGAAAAAGUGAUCCGUCGAAGAGUCCUCGAGGAGAUCGCGCAAGACCUGCACACCGGUGUAUACCUCGACAACCCAGCGAGCAAAUACAAAGAAGAAGUGCAAACGCGCCUCGAUGCGUACAACGAGCAAACGUCGAGGAAGAAAUACGCAAAGAACACCGACUAUCACAACUUUAAAAAUACGGUAUGGGUCGCAAAGGAAGAUGGACCGAUGCCACUGGUGAUCGAUUUGAUCCCACCCGAAUUUGGUGAUGAUAAGGAUGACGAUAGCGAUGACGAAGAGAUCCAAACGGGUGGAUUGGUGAUCAACUUCCGCUGUCCGUUGACGACCAACAUUUUAGAGGACCCUUUGACCAACCCCUCAUGCAACCACUCGUACUCGCGAAGCGCCGUCCAAGAGUACGUGGCAGCAGGCAACUACAAAUGCCCCGCUUCCUCUUGUUCCGCAAACCUCAGCCUGCGUAUGCUCAGGCAAGAUCCUGCUCUAGUCAAGAAAGUCGCCGCAUUCAAGAGGAGGGAGGAAGAGCGGCUUAUCACUCGAAGACAGACAUCUACCGUUCUGUACUGA